CAAAUAUUUUUCGUAAUUAAGAAAAUAUAGAUUGAUAAGUAGCGGAUGACAGAGACCAUCAGCAGAUUUUAUUUUACAGUGGCUUUCGAUAAGAUUAAUUAUCAAAUACUUAAUCGAAAUAUAAUACAUUGAAAAACCAAUAACUUAACUUGCUGCUUGCUUAUCAUUUUAAUCGAAAAAUGAUAUAUAAAGGAUUAUAUACAAGCAGGGGGAUUUUAUUUGUACUGAUUUGUACAGGUUUAUUGAAACAAUCGACCUCUUACACUGUUAGCGACGCAAAUAAAAUUCACAAGUUUUUAUUCAAUUCGUCUGAUGAAGGUUACAAUAAACUGGUACUACCUGACAAACCAGUAAAUAUCAGUGCAGAGUACAACUUGCUAGCUCUCAAUUCUUUGAAUAUAAAGGAACAGAUAUUGGAAACAACAGGAUGGUUUACCGUGGUCAGUUUAUUGAAACAAUCGACCUCUUACACUGUUAGCGACGCAAAUAAAAUUCACAAGUUUUUAUUCAAUUCGUCUGAUGAAGGUUACAAUAAACUGGUACUACCUGACAAACCAGUAAAUAUCAGUGCAGAGUACAACUUGCUAGCUCUCAAUUCUUUGAAUAUAAAGGAACAGAUAUUGGAAACAACAGGAUGGUUUACCGUGGUUUGGAAUGAUAGUCGAUUAACAUGGGAUAAAUCUUUAUAUGGCGAAAUUGACUACAUAUAUGUACCCGAAGAUACAAUUUGGCACCCUGAAUUGAUUGUGCAGAAUUCCAUUUUGGUAUUACGGAAAAAUCUUGGUGCCGAACAAACUGUUAGAAUACAAUAUAACGGAGAGGUACGAUGGGAACCACCCGCUGUUUUGUCCACGUCAUGUGACAUGGAUGUGACGUACUUCCCAUAUGACAGUCAAACUUGCGAAAUAGAACUAGCUAGCUGGGGUUUCUCUACUGAUGUUGUCAACUUAGAAUUUUUCAAAACUCAUAUCAAUUUAGAAGACUACAGACCGGAUGAAGAAUGGGACCUUCUAACAACAUUCCAAGAAACAUCUAACCUCACUGAAGACGAACUGGUAUUUUCGGAACUUUUGUUCCGAAUGGAGUUUAAAAGAUUGUAUGGUCAUUACCUAAUGAGUGUAAUAUUUCCGACAAUCCUUACUGCUAUAUUAACAUUCGUUACAUUUUUUCUGCCGCUUGAAUCUGGAGAUAAGAUCGGAUACAUACUGACAGUGUUACUUGCAUUGGCGGUUUUAUUGACGUUGUUUUCAGACACUAUGCCUACGACAUCAAAACAUACUUCAGUUCUAGUGGUAUUUCUUACAGUAACGUUGGGAAUGGCCUGUCUUGUGAUUAUCUUUACGAUAUUCAUCAUACGACUUUUUCAUCAACCAGAACACGACAAGGCUCCAAAAUGGAUGCAUUCCUUGGCGAGAAAAUUUCUUAAGUUAAAAUGCAAGGCCGGAAAAAUAAAUCAUCUUGAUCAUCUUGAUCAAAGUCAGGAUAUUGAAAAUGACUCACCAAAAGACCGAAGAGUUCACUUGAAGAGUAAAAAGCAAUUUACACCUUACACCAACAAGGAGCUAGCAGAAUUCUUUGAUUAUUUCCUGUUUGGUGUUUUCACAGUUUUAUAUAUUUGUGUUCUUUUAUGCUUCCCAAUAGUUCUAAGCACGUCAACAUGAAUGAUACAAACAGGAUAUUGAAUAUAAACUACAUGUGUGUGUCGAUUACCUUAUUAUAUAAUCAUGAUAAUAGUUUAGUAAAAGAAUUUCCUGUUUUCGCCAUGAUUGUUUAAUGUAAUUUAAUAUUCUCCCUUUUUUGUAUCACCUGCACCUGCACUAAUCAUUUCACCGAUGUAUUUUUCCUUGACUUAUUUUGAGAUGUUUUCUAAAACGUGUUAGUGGUUAUUGAAGGUCAGACGUGUCUUCGCUGCGCUUUCUCUUUAAUUUGUUCGGUCCUGUCUGAUUUGACAUUUUGUCAGGCAACAAUAAACCAAAAUGGCCACUGGAUUAACUAAUUAGAGGUUGUACAUAACACUACAGGGAGAUAACUCUUUAAAAUUAGCUGAACGUUUUAACACAAACAAUUGUUAAGAAGAUAUUAUACUGCUCAUUGAUCAAAAUUAGUAUUUUUCAAAUUGCUAUGUAUCCAAUGAUUUUUUUUUCAACAAAGUGUGUGUUUUUUGUCACUUUUACUUUUUUGUCUAAAUUUAAUAAAAUUAAACGAAUCAAAUUAAUUUUCGUCAAGAUUUUAUGUUCAGCCUUAAUGCAGCAGGUUUGGAUAUUAAGCCACAGGAUAUUCGCUACUCUUGAUUUUUAAUUGUGGCCAGAUAUUCAGGAUCCUCUUGAUUUAUGUAUGUAGUGAGAUUAUCUUUUCUUUUCAUAAUUAUAUAAUAUAUAGUUUUAAAAGCCAUAUUAGAAAAUCUUAUAAACGCUUUGUUAUUUUUAAUUGAUUUUGAAAGUGAAGGGUAUUAAUGUUAAAUGUAAAAACUAGAGAGAAUCACUUCCCGUGAAAUCAAUUAGGACUUUUACCUCAAAAACGAGCAUUAUGAAUAUUGCUGUUUUUUAAGAAUACAUAAUAUCUGCUGUCAAAAAUGUAUUCACUGCAAUUGUUAUGAUGUAGAAGAGAUUUUUAUAAAAUAUUUGAUAUCAUUACAAUACAUACUUUUUCAUC